AUGGCGGUGGAUAAAAUUCCGCUUGACACCCUCAAGGAGUGUCUCGAGUUCCUGCAGUGGUUGCAUGAUGGCGAAGGAAAAAAGAUGCAAGACCUGGUGGCCACAGAACUGGUUAAACGUUAUGGAAAUUAUUAUAAUCGUAUUUUGUUUACGGGCAAACUGCCACAUGCUGUCUCCGAAUUCCUCGGGCACGUGUCCACGUUUUAUAAGAAAUUAUGCAAAACCCCAACGCCGGGAAGUUAUGUCGAUCCAAAAGCAAAAGAUGUCACCGAUGCGCUCCUCGAGUGCGUCCCCAAGUUAUUCGCCGCUUUGUAUUUUUUGCUCUACAAUGUGGAUUACAGAUUCGAUGCAGUGGGUGGAGCGAAGUGGAAGUACAAUUGUCCUGGGUGGGAGUCGACUUGGGUGAGAUUCUUUUGGGAUAAAUAUUGGGGUGGUGAACUGCAGGAUUAUCUCAGGGCGUCACUGAGCGAUAACUACGGUGGCCUCAUACCUGGUGGAUUCGGCCGAGAAGAGGUGACGUAUGGUUAUGCAUAUGAUUCUAGCUAUGGCUAUCCAUACGGUAAGGAUAUGAUUCCUGACCUCACAAAGAUUUUGGACAAAAAAGAAGACCAAAUUUUCCGGGACGUAUUUUUUACAACAGUCAUUUCUACCACCGCAGGCACAGAGCCCGUGAACACUGCUAACGUUCUUGCAUUGGUGAGAACGUUUUGCGAUAUUGUGGCUGAAGAGGAAAAGAAACAGAAUGGCGAAAAGUUUAAAACGCAUUUACAAUUCCAAGACAAAUGUAUAGAUUGGCAAGAAUUAAAAGCCCAUUGCUCCAAACUACAAGACCAAUUUGGCAAGAUUUUCAAAAAGGAAGCCUUUUCCUACACCGGCCAGGCGCGGAGUGUUGAUGAGCUUAACACUGAGAAAUUUGCAAGGGAGACGGCAAGAUGGUUUAGAAAUAAUUUGCAAAAAGUUCAACAGAAUGUGAAACACAUAAAAAAAGGUUCCCAGUCGACAACACUCGAUAUUUGA